AUGUCUCUUGAUCCUACCCGGCCGAGGUCCAUCUCUCCCGAGAGCUCUGGCCGCGAAUCUCCGGUACCCAAGCAAUGGAGGAACCAGCUUGGGAAUGACGAAGUUGCGCCGAAGGACAAGAACUACCGCAAGUACGCUUCCGGCGUCGAACGAGCUCUCUCCCUGUUCGAUACAGCCCUCCAAGAAUGGGCCGACUACAUCUCCUUUCUCAACCGCCUCCUCAAGGCACUCCAAGCUCGACCGUCCACCAUCAACACCAUCCCCGCCAAGGCUAUCGUCGCAAAGCGUCUGUCACAAUGCUUGAACCCGUCUCUUCCGUCCGGGGUUCAUCAAAAGACGCUCGAGGUCUACAAUUUCAUAUUCACAGUCAUUGGCAAGGAUGGUCUGUCGCGAGACCUGCCACUCUAUCUCCCCGGCCUUGCGUCGGUUCUGUCGUUCGCCUCCCUUUCCGUCCGGACCCCUUUCCUCGACCUGCUCGAACGCCACUUCUUGGGUGUAAACCCGCGAUCCCUACGGCCUGCCUUGAAAUCGAUCAUACUUGCUCUUUUGCCAGGCCUAGAGGAGGAAACCAGCGAGGACUUUGAGCGCACAUUGAAGCUUAUGGAACGCGUCAAGGCCGCUCUCCGCCCACCAGAAAGCGAGACAAUAACGCCAACUCACUCCUCUGGCGACGACUUCUUCUGGCAGUGUUUCUUUCUGGCUUCCAUAACCGGGCAUAGCAGGAGGACGGGGGCCUUGGCAUACCUUAUGCGCGCCUUGCCUGAACUGGGACAUCAGUUACAUUCCGAUGGCUACAAGGCUGAGACUCGCAAUGGCUUGGAUCCCGAGGUUUCUGCCAAGUUGGUACAGCUGGUAACGUCUCCCGAGCCAGGAUUGCUGAUCCGCUGCUUUGCUGCCGGUUUGGCCGAUGACCAGAUCCUUAUUCAACGUGGCUUUCUUGAUUUGCUCGUUACCCAUCUUCCGUUGCACUCCAAGGUAUUGCAAGCCAGGGCCAAGACCGACGACCUAGAACUCCUCCUGAAGACCGCAGUUGGGGUAACGACCCGGAGAGAUAUGAGUCUAAACAGGCGGCUGUGGACCUGGCUCCUUGGCCCCGAGCCGACAGUCGCACACGAGGGCGAAGGCGGCCCCGACUCUCCCACAACUACUGCAAGCACCCCUGCCUACUUUAUGUCGAGGACCAGCUACUUUGAAGAAUUUGGGUUGCGACCCCUGACCCGGGCCCUACUCGGCAUGAUCAAGGCUAGUAGAGUUGGGAACAAUCCGGCAGACCGGGCGAAGCCAUAUCGUAUCUGUCUUUCCUUGAUGGACAGGUGGGAAAUUGGCGGCUUGGUUGUGCCUGAGGUAUUUCUUCCCAUUGUUGACAGUGUCCGAGACUUCAAAGCAAAAGCAGACAGCAAAUCAGACUUCACCGAGGUGCUCCGGAGUGCAAGUGUUUUCUUUGACGGAGUCGAGAGCGGGUUGAUAUACAGCGAAAUUCUCAACCUCGUGGCGCAGGCUAUCAGUCCGGGCAAACUCUCAGUGACUGAUCGUAGCGACAAGCUUGACCUUGUCAAGUUCAUUCUCGGCCAUUUCAACGUCAGCGAAGAAGAGAUGAUAACCAUCCAUGCUCCGCUUACGGUGCUCUCCAUCUUAUGCAUGAUCGAGGAGUUGAAGGAGAGUGAUGCUUAUGCGACCACUCUGCUACCAGACGGUACGACUUUGUUGGUCCAGGCUUUAACAAUAGCUGCAAGCUUGUUGGAGCUCGUACCAGAACGAGCGUUCCCGACUAGCGCGAAAGCUAAGGCUAUCGAGUCCAAGGUUUUGGCCGGAAUCCCGAAUGUUGAACUGCUGAAGAAGAUCAAAAACUUCUACCACGCCGAACAGGGAAACUUGGAGGCCACCUCUCCCCCAUUUGUACCGCAGAAUGUGGCGGAACUCUUGUUGCAAAAAGCUUGCGACAUGAACUGUGAGAGUUUCAGUCAACGCGAGUCCGGCCCGACUGUCGCUGCAAAGAGCAAAGUUCUCUUGCUUCUUCUCACCAAGACACCUCACAGAUCGUUCCUCGAUACGAAGAAACUUCUUGCUUCCAUUCACGAAUGUCUGUCAUCAGAUGCUUUUAUUACCUUUACCACCUAUUAUUCCCUAUUAACCCUUUCUACCCACCUUUAUUCUGCCGACCGGGUUUCCCAUGUGGACCUGUCUGAGUUGGUUAGUCCUUUGGUACGCCACGCAUGGAGCUUUUUAUCAUCGUCAGAGCCGAAGUAUCACGUUGAGACGGUCCGAAGUCUUUGGUUACUCCAGACGGCUCUGACACCAACCAAUCGAGACAUCGAGGCAGCCAUAUGUUCUCUAAUGCUGGAGAAAGAUGUUUCAGGCACAUUUAUCCAGCGUCCUGCUGACCCCGGAAGGAGCUUCAGUGUGCUCUGGUCGCAUAGUCUUCAAGAUAACCCCUCUGGAAGCGAUCGCCGAGGACCCAAGACCCCCAUCUUUGACGCAAAGGCGCCGCCACGUCUUGGUGGUAUAGAUAAUUACGAAGUCAUGCUUACCCGCCCGUUAUUCCUAAUGUUAGAUGCGCUCACCGAUGAGCGGACGCAGCUGUUCAUGACAGUCAAGAGUUGGCUGAGCAGCCUAGUCGGAAUAGACAAAAUUUUCAACAUCUUCGUGUCCAGGUUCGCCGAGCUAUCAUGUCUGAGGCGCCAAACAACCUCGGCUGAAGCCAAAGCUGUUCACAAAUUCUCUGAAGAGGAUGAUGUGGAGCUGGCUGUGUAUUAUCUUCGCUCCUUAUCCAAUGUCUUUCGCUUCACCCCUGAUAGCAUUUGGGCGUUCCUUGCGAAAAAGACUAUCCGCCCAGAUUCUUACUUCCCAUCAUUAUCUGAGAUUAACGUCAACACUUUGAACGACGAAAGCUCCCAAACAAGGGUGACACAGCUUUAUCGUUCAGCAUUGGGCGUCAUGCACCCUAUCCUGGUGAACCCCUAUGCUGAACCACUAGCACAGUUGCACCUUGAGAACCCUCUCAUCGAUAUGCUCACCCAGUCACUUUCAGGUCCGGAGCCUUACGUCCAGACCUUGCUUCUGGACGUUGUCUUUGCGGCCCUCAAGCUACGUGAGUUAGCACCAGUUGAACUUCCAGAAUCACCAACCGCAGAGAAACGUGCCGCGAGUGUUACGGCAGACUCGGCUAAAGCCUUCCGAGCUGUGGCUGGAGGGAAACCACCAUCCGCUCUUCAGCCGCCUCCACCCACGCUGCUAAAGUGCAUCCUUUCCGGACUCAGUGCACCCAGCAGCCGACACGUCUUGGAUAGCUGGAUUAGCUUUCUCGCUGAGUGCCUACCGCUUUACUCAGACUCAAUCUUUCAAGUCCUGAUUCCCUUGGUCGAGACACUCUGCAGUCAGAUUUCCACCACCUUCAGCCGUUUACAGCAGCUCUUCCGAGCCUCCGACGAGCCUCAAACGCACAGUCAGAUUGGUCCCGAGACUACCUUAAUCUCCCUACUGAAUGGCCUCGAGCAGGUACUGGCAAGGGGACACGACAGGCUACUGGCUGAAGAGGCCAGAGCCCAGGUUGUCAAGAACCCAGACCAGCCUCAAGGCUUUUUCGGCAACAUGGUUUCCGGUGUCUUCUCAUCCGACACACCGCAGACCCGGAGCGCCACAGCUAACGACCGACUUACCGUCCUUCUGGCCUUCCAAGAUGCGGUGCGUAUCUGCUUCAAGAUCUGGUCCUGGGUUCAAGGGAGCGAUGCCUCCCUGCAAGACAACUCUUCGGGUGCUUCGUUCAACUACACCUCUUUACGAAUGAGAAACCGAGCGCGGAGGCUCCUUGAGCAUCUUUUUGCUGCUGAGACGCUAGAGUGCUUGGAAACGGUGAUUGGGAUAUGGAGGGGUGCACUGGAUAGUUCUGAUACGUCCAAGGCUGCCGAGGUGUUCAAUCUCUUGCCUGCCCUUGAUGGAUCUCGGCCGCAGCAUACAAUCCCGGCACUUUUCAACGCUAUAUAUAGCAGGACUAACCCGGGCGCGCUGGAUCCCUCAAGGAGGUCGACACUUACUAUCGAGCUGCAGGAUACAGACGUGGUGAUUUUCUUGGUUGACUACGCACGCACUCUGGAGGAUGAUGCGAUGGAUGAAAUAUGGCAGGACUGCAUGAUCUUCCUGAAGGACCUCCUAGGCAACCCGUUGCCUCAUCGCCAGGCGUUGCCGAGUUUGUUGGAAUUUGCUGCGAUCCUGGGUGAGAAGGUGGACAACACCAACUUUGGAGAACAGAGGAAGAUGCGUCGUGAACUGGCAGAUCUCUUCCUUCGUCUCCUAGCGGCUAUCUUCACUACACGGCCAACCAGCUUCGUGGAAAACUCUUCGACAAGCUACUCUUCAUCCACUACCAACCUUCUUCUCUCGGAAAAGAAGCCAAAUGAGGCCCCUCGGACGCUUUCCGUAGCAGCCAUCCGGACUCCAUUCGAACGCGCAGACGAUGUCGUUGGGAUCCUCUCCAACAUCGUUCCCAACCUGCCCAAGAUCCUCGUUGAGAAUGACCGUAUCCUCACGGCUGCCACCUCCAUCUCGGCCAACGUGAUCGGCCCAACGCUGCGGUCCAAGUUCUUCCCCGACACCGUGUCAAAGAACACCCUGGUGUUGCUCCACCAACUAUCCCGCCUUCCCAACAACCAAAAGUCCUGGAAGAAGGACGUUGCCGAUGCCUUCAACGAUUCGCGCUUCUUCAGCUCCAACCUAAGCCUCGUGCAAACCGACUGGCUGCCCCUCCUCAAGCAAUGGACCGUCGCAGACAAGGAACGCAUGCCCGAAAUCCUCGGCCGCAUCACCCCACCCUCAACUGCGGGCAUUGUCUUUGGCGUCGGCGCCACCUCCGCCCGCCUCGAAGCCGACCGCAAGACGCAACUCAACCUGCGGCGCAUCGCCACCGUCAUCCUCGCCGCCACCGACGACACCUUCGUAACUGAGCUGCCGUCCAUUCUCGACAAGCUCGUCGAGCUCCUCGGCGCCACCGCCACCUCCUCCCCUUCCUCCACCACCCGCGCCGAAGUCUACAUGGUCAUGCGCGCCCUCGUCCUCCGCACCAGUGCCAUCCACCUCGCCCCGCUCUGGCCCGUCGUCAACGCCGAGCUGCACGCCGCCAUCUCCUCAGUCGUUGCGCCCGACCACUCCGCGCCCAGCGACACGUACGGCAACCCGGCCGUCAUGCAAGCCUGCAAGCUUUUGGAUUUGCUUGUCUGCGUCGCGCCCGAUGACUUCCAGUUGCAUGAGUGGUUGUUCGUCACCGACACUAUCGACGCCGUCUACCGGCCCAGCGCAGCCGGUUAUCAGCCCGUGGCACUAGUGGAUGAAGUCUCUGAGGAACUCAACGGUGCCCUUGUCACUCCCCACGCCCACCACUCCCACUCCCGCUCCCUAUCCGAAGCAGGAGCCGCAGCUCUAGGCCUAGACCCGUCCUCGCUCCAUUCCCCCACGGAUGGAAUCGACGGUCAAGGUCAACCCCUUCGCCGUCCCCUGCUGGGAAAUCUCCCAGGUCAAAUCUCCGACGAAGUAGGCAUGGAGCGCAAAGACGAACUAGUGGCCAAGGUGCUCCGGCCGUUUUUCGGACAGCUGAGUAUCUUUGCGUUUGAGACAACGUACAAGAUGACGGAAGUGGACUGGGAGGGGUGCGUGAAUGGAUUAUUGAGGGAUCUGUUUGAUGAAAGGAGUGUGGUGAAGGCUCUUUAGGACCGGGCCGGCUUUGCGUAUGGUGGUGGUGGAGCGGCGGGGUUGAGGGAUGUGAGAGAGUUGAGAGGGAGGGAGAGGGAGGGGAGGAGUAGGUCGAGUUCGAGGUCGGGAACGGUAAGGUCUAGGGCGGAAAGUAGGUGGUGGUGGGAUGGCAGUAGUAGGUAAUUGGGAUGGAGGAUGCUUUGAGCGUUUCAAAAAAAGGGAGAAGUAGGUUUGAGUAAAGUCUGACACUGUUUGGUUUACGUACUAGAGGUAGCGUAUUUUGUUCCUUGAUGGUUGUUUUAUGCCUUGUACAAUAUCGAUAGAGGGGGUGUUUGUUUCCCGUCUCGUUGAUCUCCUGACAAUGACUCCUGACGGUGGUGGUAAUAAAGAAGGCCAUCAAAAUGGGAAAGAAAAUCUCUU